GUGGUACCUGACUCACGGUAAACUCGAAAAAAAAAAAACAAUUCUGCGACAAAAUGCGACAGAAUGCUCGGAAUUCUAUGUAGUUUUAUAUUUAUAUAAUUACUUGACUGAUUUAUUAUCCAUCCGCGAAAAUUACAAUCUUAGUUUUUCUUUCUCGCGAUCGCAGUAGGAAACUUCACAAAACCUGUUUUUAGAAGACUCUUCUAGAAUAUAACUACAGCCAUUCUUGGACCAAUGCUGCAUAAAAUGUCAAUGGUUAGGCUAAUUGACUUUAAUGAGUCCAUAAUCCUGCGCCCGCAGUCAUAUUGGACAUAAACAACAAGGAGUGGACAAAAUGGUGGACCCAGGAGUCAUAUUGAACAACACUUUCAGUAUUUCACAAGAUAGAGACCUUAUGAAUAAUAGUAUUUAAAGGUUUCUUAUCUUAAAUGGAGGAGAGGAAGACUUGGUCUCGUUAUUAUACUGCUGCGAUUGCUUCAGCUGUUGGACUGGUUUGUUAUUUGAAUACGCUACAGGCAGACUUCGUUUACGAUGACAGCCGAGCAAUUCAAAAUAACUCUGACCUCCUCUCUACCACCCCAUGGGUCAAUCUUUUGUAUGAUGAUUUCUGGGGUACACCACUGACACACAGCGGUAGCCACAAAUCAUAUCGUCCUUUAUGUGUGGCAUCAUUCAGGCUCAACUAUGCCGUCCAUGGUUUAAACCCAAUGGGCUAUCACCUCAUCAAUGCUAUGCUACAUUCUGUUGUUUGUUUAUUGGUGGUCAUGUUGUGUGAUGUUUUGAUGUUGUCCCAUCGUGCGAGUAUGAUUGGUGGGUUACUAUUUGCAACACAUCCAGUUCACACAGAAGCAGUAGCUGGAGUAGUUGGACGAGCAGAYGUGGGUGCUUGCAUGUUCUUUCUUGCUGCGUUACUCACCUACAUCAAAUCAUGUCCCAGCCACAACAUAGGGAAACCAGAAAAUGAAAAUAUGUCCAAAUGUUGUCGUACAAAUUGGGGUUUGCUAUUGGUCAGUCUUGUCAUAUCAGCGGCUAGUAUGCUUACCAAAGAGCAAGGCAUUACAGUUCUUGGCGUGUGUGCUGUCUAUGAGGCAAUCGUUGUAAGCAGAAUUAAUUUUAGAGCAAUCAAAAUCUCUCUUAAAAAGGCAAUCUCUAUUGGAUUCUUACCUCGUAUUCUGUCUCUAAUCUUCACAGCAAUUUCCCUUCUUUCACUACGCUUUGUUUUAAUGGGAAACAAACCACCUGACUUUUCCAACUCAGACAACCCUGCAGCGAAUUCUAAAAGUUUUUUGACCAGAACGUUUACUUUUUUGUAUCUUCCUGCAUUCAACUUUUGGCUUCUACUUUGUCCAAUAACAUUAAGCUUUGAUUGGUCGAUGAAUGCUGUUCCUUUAGUGCAGGGCAUUUUUGAUUGGAGGAACAUUGUUUCUAUAGUCUUUUACAAUGGCUUUGCUAUGCUAGGUAUUAUAAAUUUAAAUCGUUUGAGUUUAGAGAAUUUUGAUUGCCUAUUUAGUGAAAUGAAUGCGAACUACAAGGGACUGGAUUCAGCGUAUUUCCGCGUGUACGACGUAAUAAAUGGAAACGAAGGAGUCCGGAAGAGAAAUGUACCUCGACCUAAACAGGAUGCUAAAUCAAGUCCUAAAGAACGCAGGAAAACUCCAGAUACUAAAUUUCAAACAAAUACACCAGAAGAAUACAUCUCAACAAUUCAUGACUGUCAAUCACUUCUCGUUUCCAUGGCAAUUCUGGCACUUCCGUUCGUUCCAGCUACGAACAUAUUUUUCUACGUUGGAUUUGUGGUUGCAGAAAGAGUUCUUUAUAUUCCUAGUGUGGGAUAUUGUAUUAUGGUGGCUGUCGGUUUGGAUCUGUUGUGGAGAUGUUGCAGUGAUAGUCGUAAGAAAAACUGUAUUACAGGCUCUCUUUGUAUAGUAUUAUUAUUGUUUUCUAUUAAAACUGUUCAUCGCAAUCAAGACUGGAAAGAUGGCGAGACACUUUACAGGUCGGGAAUCGACGUCAAUCCAGCAAAAGCCUGGGCUAACCUUGGAACCAUACUGAGUAGUCGUGGUCAGAAAGCUGAAGCUGAGCAUGCGUAUCGGAAAGCGUUGUCAUAUCGAUCCAACAUGGCGGACACACACUAUAACCUAGGAGUACUUUUGGCUGAUCAAAAACGUUACGAAGAUGCCAUACGUUGUUAUGAAUAUGCUGUUUCUUACAGGCCAACCCUAGCACUCGCGCAUCUUAAUCUUGGAAUCGCUUUGGAGCAGCUGGGUCGUCGAGACGAUGCCAUUAGAGUUUUGAAGAAUGCUACAACAAUCAGUGGACAUGGAUUAAAAGACCCUAAAGGACACGCAUCUGCUGUUCAUAAAAUCAAGUACAAUCUUGGAAGAAUGCUCACAGAUAUGGACAGAUUGGACGAAGCCUUCGCAAUUUACCAUGAUGCAGUGCGAGCAUUACCAGACCACGUGGAACCACACAGCCUGUACAAUAUGAUUGGUGAAGCGUACACCAAAGCUGGCUUGAAACAAGAAGCAGAAAAAUGGUAUAAGAACUCCCUGCUGUCUAAACCUGAUCACGUCCCUGCACAUCUGACCCUCGCUAAACUCUUUUCUAAAAUGGAUCGAAAGCAAGAAGCUAUACAACUGUUUAGGAAAGCACAGCAGAUUCAGCCCCAGGACCACUCGGUGUGGACGCAUUACGGACAAUUCCUUUACGAAGAACGAGAUAUUGUUGGUGCUGCAGACAUGUUUAUAAAAGCCUCACAAGUUAAACCUGAUGAUUUUGACAUCGUUUUUACUGCUGCAAACUACUUAAGAGAGGCAGGGAAAAAUGAACAUGCAAAAAUAUACUUCAUAAAAGCAGCAAAAAUAAAUCCACUGAAUCCAGUGUCUCACAUGAAUCUUGGAGCAAUCCACCAYGUUUUAGGCGAAUAUGCUGAAGGAGAAAAGAGUUACCUCACAGCAUUGAGACUGAAACCAGGAGAUAAAAUGACUCAAGACAAUUUGAGGAAACUCAGGUCAUUAAAUUCCAGGAAAAACAAAGUUUAAAGUAGUUCUUAGAAUUAGACCUAGGGCAAAGGUCGAACUUUCCAUGCACCAAAAUUAAUUACAUCAAAGAAUGCCGCCUCAUUAUCAUCUGAUAUCCAUUGUUUUUAAUGAGUUCGGUGCAUGGAAAGUUCGACGUUUGCCCUAGGCCUUAGAAAGUCUUGUAUAUUAUUUUAGGUAAUAAUAAUAAUGAUAAUGAAUUAUAGGCAAUGUUUUUACGUACUAAAUUAUGGGUAGUUUACAAAAUGAGUGGCCGUGCUGUAUCGGGUUUACAGAAAAAAGGCUAUACUUACAAAGAUAACCAGAAAAAUAUGCAUGAGCUUACCGGCUCAAUAUACUAAUGUACUGUUACGUGUGAUUUGAAAAUAAAAGUGGACUAGAGAACAUGCA